UUAUAUAAUUCUACAAAACAAGACUCCUCCUCACUCUUGUUUCUCUCUCUACUCCUUCACUCCACUUUAAUUCCGUUGCUCAUUUCCCUUGCCUACACGCACAUAGAGUGUUUCGAAAUUCAAAUUAAUUGGGAUUCAAUUUCUGCGGAUAUGUCUGUUUUCGUGAAGAAACUCGUUGAAAAAGCUUAUAUGAAGAAGCAUUCGGGGUUUUCAGACAGUUUGAAACCCGACGAUGUGGAUCCUCGUUUGGUUUUUCACUACGGGAUUCCAUCAGGUGCUGUGCUCGUGGCUCAUGACUCUAUUCAACAAAUUCUUGCUAUUUCAACUAAAUGAAACUCUUUUGCGCCCCCUCAGAGAUGGACAAAUAAAAUUGUUCGGUAAAGAUGGCGCACAAGCUCUACUUGAAUCUUCAGAAACGAUACCAAGUAAAUUUUUGCUGUUUAUCGAGAACCAGGGUAUUCUUUUAAACGUAAAUGUCAACAACCAAAUUGAGGUGUGGGAUCUCGACAACAAGUGUUUGUCGUCUGUCCAUCACUUUGGGAAGGAUAUCACCUCAUUCACGGCCAUGCGCAAUGGGGCUUACAUGUAUAUAGGAGAUUCAUCGGGCAAUGUGUCCAUCUUAAGGUUACACAAGGAGACAUUCAGUAUUGAACCUAUGAAAUACCACAUACCUUUUUCGGUAUCUUAUGGCAAGACAAACGAGGUUGGAAGUGAUAUCGCAGCAAAGCACGUUCUUCCUCAACCGACAGCUGAAAGUAAAAGGGUGCUUAUUAUCUAUUUUGAUGGUGUUAUUACGUUGUGGGGAAUACGAGAAAGCAAAGCCGUAUCCACAAAUUCUGGUGUUUCCACUAUGCUUCAAGAAGCGAAGAAAGUAACAGCAGCAUGUUGGGCUUGCUCUGGUGGAACUAAAGUUGUCGUUGGGUACAGCAACGGCGAUAUAAUCCUCUGGAGUGUUCCAUGCCCCACGGAUUCAGAUGCCGAGCAAGCUGCAAGUCAGAUUACUCCACUCUACAAGCUAAAUAUUGGAUAUAAAGCAGAGAAAAUUCCAAUAGUCAAGUUGAAAUGGGCUGACGCGGAUGGAAAAUCAAGCCGGCUUUAUGUUCUUGGCAGCAGCUCCGAUAGUAGCUCCACGAGUUUGUUACAGGUUGUUUUAUUGAACGAACAGACUGAAACGCGCACUGUCAAAUUGGGACUCCAUCCUCGUGAGCCGGUGGUGGACUUUGAAAUCACCACGAGCUCAGAUCAAAACAAGCAUAGGCGCGAUUCUCUUCUCUUGCUUGGGAGGUCGAGUCACGUCCACACCUACGAUGACUCUUUAAUCGAAAGGUACCUUGCGCAGAGCCAAAGUAAAUCAUCUCCUUCGCUUCCGAAGGAGGUGAUGGUCAAGCUUCCUUAUGGUGAUUCAAGCAUCACGGUAGCUCAAUUCGUGACGAGCAUCCCCUGCAUGCCUUCUUCUGUGGACGAGGACUUUAGCAUGCUGGCAAAAGACAGCUUGCCACUUUUUCCUUUUGAAAGAAGCAUAAAGGAUGGAAGCAACUCGACUUUUACUCCAUUUUCGAAGGCAAAGAACCUGCUUAUUACAGGACAUAGCUCUGGCGCAAUCAACUUCUGGGAUGCUUCUUGUCCACUUCUGCUCCCGGUAGCUUCUAUCACCCAACAGAGUGAUAAUGACUUGUCUUUAAGUGGCAUUGCACUGACAGCGUUGCAUUUCAACUAUGAAUCGCACAUUCUCGUGUCAGGAGAUCAAAGUGGAACUGUCCGGAUUUUCACGUUUAAAUCAGAGACGUUCGCCCCUCCAAGCACGUUUCUGUCCUUAGGUAAUUCGAGGAAAGGAAGCAGUAAUAUCAUUCGUCGUGUCAAAGUUGUGAAGGUCAACGGUGCAAUUCUGUCUAUCACGACAACCGGGAAUUUAAAACAGCUUGCUGUUGGAUCUGAUCAAGGAUAUGUGUAUUUGAUCGAUCCAGAGGGUCCCGUUGUGUUGUAUGAGAAACACAUUGCAAGUGAAUUCUGCACCGGGAAUAUCUCGAUGCAUUUUGAAACUUGCAUCUUCCACGGCUUUGAGAAAGAUGUUAUAAUCGUGGCAACGAAAGAUUCGUCUAUUUUUACACUUGAGAAGGAUACAGGAAAUACACUAAGCUCCGAUGUGGUCCGGCCUAAUACACCGUCUAAAGCUCUGUUUACACGGGUUCUAGAUUGCUCUUACAGAGGAUCUAGCGUGCCUGAUGCUAUAGACGUCAACAGCAUUCAUUCUGACAACUCAACUCCAAAGCAAUCGUUUAUGUUGCUAUGCACUGAGAAAUCAGCGUAUGUGUUUUCCUUAUCGCAUUUGGUCCAGGGUGUCAAGAAAGUGAUGUACAAAAAGAAAUUCAGUUCCCCUUGUUACUCAGCAUCAACUUUUGGCUCUCCGGAUGUCGGGCUUAUACUCCUUUUCACUAGUGGAAAGAUCGAGAUUAGAUCCCUGCCAGAAUUGUCUCUUGUGAAACAAAGUUCAGUAAGAGCACUCACAUUUUCGACGUUUAGACCUCUCUCGGUUUCUGACAUUGUAGUGUCGUCGUCCCUUGAUGGCGAACUCAUCAUUAUCAACGGUGAUCAGGAGUUACUUUUCGUCUCAACAUUGCUCCACGAGGCUUACAGAUUUGUGGACUCGGCUUCCACGGUUCUAAAGAAAGACCUUGUGAAUGCUCAGGGGCUCAUCUCUUCACCGCCCGUGAAAGAAAAGAAAAAGGGAAUAUUUUCCUCUGUGAUGAAAGACAGUAAGAGUGCAAAAGCGAGGAACGGUCAUGAGGUGGAAACCGAAGAUUGCAGACAAAGUAUCGAAGAACUAUCGACCAUAUUUUCGACAUCCAACUUCUCAAUGGAUGUUGAAAGUGAGGAGAAGAAAGCUAUGAAUGAUGAAGAUGAGGACUUGGAUAUAGAUGACAUUGAGAUCGACGACGCGAAAGAGAAGCCAAGGGGCUAUCCGGUGAUAGCAGGGUUGAAUAGACAAAAAAUUACAAAUAGCUUUCAAGCAAUUAAAGGCAAGUUGAAAAAUACGAAGGUGAAGACCGAAAAAGUGGCUGUAAAUGAAGUGGAGGAGGAGAAAACUGGCGCUGCUAUUGAUCAGAUCAAGAAGAAAUAUGGCUAUGCUUCAUCUGAACCGGGGGCUGCAAACGCAGCGAAGACGAAGCUGAGUGAGAACUUGAAGAAGUUGCAGGGAAUAAGCUUGAAAACAACAGAGAUGCAGGAUACAGCACGCUCCUUUUCUUCUAUGGCCAAAGAGGUGUUGCGGUUUGCUGAAAAUGAUAAGAAGUGACCAUCUCUCAAAUCCUUUGCAUUUAUUUUUUUAUUUUUGAGUGCACAAAAUGAAAAAAGUAUUUUAUUGUUUAUACUACAACAGAGUGUGUAUAUUCUAGUUCAACGUUGUUAUUGCUACACUGUUUGCACGCUGUCAUUUUUUUUUAUAAAAUAACUUGUCACUUAUUAGCUACUAGUAGUGCAAAACAAUGUUGUGAGCUCUUUUUGAUU